AUAAAUGUUUCGAAACGCAGUUAGUCGGUAUCACGUGAGAAUAUUUUAGCCUACAUUUGUGUUAUUUGCAAAUAUUAUUUACAAUUAAAUAGAAAUGGCAGAUUUUACGAUAUCGGACAUGUAAAUUUCUUGAUCGUGUCGAUCUUAAUUACCAUUAAAGGAUUCAGAUUUAUAAUCAUGGAAUGGUCAAUGUGGGCAAAUGAACAAUCUGUAUUGAGUGCCAGUCUUAUAUUCAUUGGAGGAAUUGUUGGCGUUGCUGGGAAAUUUUCAAACUGGCAAUUUGCUGCCGCGUUGAUACCUUUAUCCGCUAUUUUGACAAUUAUUGAAUAUCCAAGAGGAAAAAGGCUUAAAGGACGAACGAAAGAAAGACUAUAUCAGUCUUAUUUGGGCAAGAUCUUAGAUAAAUUAGGAUGGUUAAUAAUCAUUCCAUCAUGCUUUCUAUUACCGACAAUUAUGGGUGGCCUAUGUUUACUUUUUGGGUCAAUUUUAUACUUAAUCGGGGCAUUUAAGGGAGAAUCUUGGAAAUGUGUUAGCCAUGAGUCCGGAGAACGGACUCUGGUCCUUCAACCGAGUAGGCCCGCCCCUAGAGGACCUGUUAUGAGAAACGAUUUUAGUGAAAUUUAUCAGAACUUUCCUGGGGAUAAUACAAAUAUUGAACAAUAA